AUGGCGCUGCCCGCGCCGUCUCCCGCCCGCGUCUUCGCCCAGCUGGGCCCGACGCCGGCGGCCCCGGAGCGCGGCGGCGGCGGCGGCGGCGGCCGCCUCCCGCCGCGGGAGGUUCACGUGAGCGGCAGCGCGGAGCGGAGCGCGGGCCCGGACCGGGCGCGGGUGUGCGUGCGGCUCGGCAGCCGGAAGGCGGCGGCGGCGGCGGCGCGGGGCAGCGUGGCGCGGCGGCUGGAGUACAUCGCGCAGAGCGCCCGGCAGCGCGGCGUCCCGGAGGAAAAUAUGACUGUAACAGAGGAUUUUAGUAGAUUAGAAAACACUUACCAAAUGGAAGCAGAGGUCUGUAUUAUAUUCAGUGAUUUUGGAAAAAUGCAGAAUGUUUGCAAUCUACUCAUUGAAAAGCUAGGGACCUCUGUUACUAUCAGUCCACCUCAUUUCUACCACACACCAGAAUCUGUAGACACCCUUCGCCGUCAAGUAUGUGUUGCUGCUGUUGGAAACACACGUCAAAAAGCUCAAGAAGUCUGUCGCUUGUUUGGCCAGGCAUUGGGAAAACCCUUCUUAAUAAGAGAAGAAGAAACAAAAGAAUGGGGAGGCCACAUAGACAGUCAUCUAUCUAACACCUCAGAUCCACUGACUAUGCAGGAAAGAAUCCAGAAUGCAACUGUUCAUGCUUCUUGUAGAGUAUUUGCUAUAUUUGAGAUAAAGGGAAAAGAAAAAAGAAACAAGUCGCUCUAAAAACAGUCUUGUCACUGAGACCUUGGAUUAAGCAUCUAAAUACCUUAAUUUUUUCAAGUAUGUACCUUUCAUAGAACAGUUUUUAAGAAAGAAAAUUCUCAAGUACUGGACACUUGUAGACUUAGUAGAAGUUUUCAAAGUGGAAAACUUGUAAAUAUAGUGCCAAUGGCACUAUAUUUUAUUUUUUUAAUUUGUAUACUUUCAUGCUUUCUUUUACUUUAACGGUAGCAAGUAGGGCUAAGGUAGAAUAUUCAAGAAUGCCCUUCAUGAGCAAAAAUAGGUGGCUUUUAACAUGUCUAUCUAAGCACAACAAAUUACAUUUAAUGCAUUUCUAUGUCACUCAAAAUUCUUCCUUUGCAUGAAUCAUUUAAAAGCAUCAUAAUACAUGCUUUAUAUAAACAGAGUGGUCAAAUUAUUGCAGGAUUUACUUUAGGGAUUUAGAAUAGCUCUCCCCAGAACUAUUUGAGUUCUAUUUGGCCUUUAUUUAUCUCUCUACCCUUAAAUAAAAGUUACUGUUAGUUCUGGAAACUUAUUAUUUAACCAUUUAACUUAUUUCCAUCCACCUGGCAAAAGGCCAUGAUAUUUGACAUUCAAAACCUUAGGUACUGCUACCCGAAGUUUGGCCAUAUUUAAAACUUCCUUCCCAAAUUAGGAAGCUAAACCCAGUCCUGAGUUCAUGGUACACUAAAUACGCAAUGCAUUCACUCUGCUGAAAUGAAUUGUCCAACAUAAGACAUACUUAAUUUCAGUUUUAUUUCUUCAUAAGAAAUAAUUUACAUUAGUUUUAUCCCGGUGUCCACUUGUUCCAGUUUAAAAAGGAAGUGUGUUGUGCAGAGGUACCUCACAUAAAACAUACUUCAGUCAUGAGGAUAAAUUUUUUUCAACCAUGGCUGCAUAAUGUAUUUUGAUCCAUCAUAGCCACUGAAAUAGCCUUUCAUAUCAGGGUGAUGGACCUGAGAAAAUAAUUUUUCCAAGGUGAAUAUGCAUCAGAACUAGCAAUAUAUACAAAUUGAUACUUUAUGAUUAAGUUAAGGUUAACUCCUGUUUGAUGUUAGAUACCUAAUAUACUUAGAGACACUUUUAAGAGAUUUUUUGACACACCUUAGCCAUUGUUCUGAUGGAUAAAUGAGGUUUUAUCAAACUUGAGCUACUCUACAAAUCUUGAACAUACCUCAUGAAGUAACAAGUGCUAGAUCUAAACAGGAGUUGAUGCAUUUAAAUCAGCACUAUUUCUUAGUGAAGUACUUUCCACUCAUUUGUUGCUGGUACAGCUGUUUGCUACUUUUCAGCUGGAUCAGUUCUCUAGUCCAAUUAGGCAGCAGGAUCAGUAAAGCAGCCAUUGAUGAAGUAGGUAACACAAUAGCCAGCUUUAAAAUGCAAAUCCACAUUGUAUGCCAUGUCAUGAUCCAAAAAGCUUACAGUAAGUAAGUUGUUUAGAACUGCCCAUUAGGAAAUAGUGAGAAUGAGUUUAAGUUUUUUCCUCUUUCCUUCAGUCCCCAAACCCUUUAAGAAAGUACACUGUCAGUUAGACCAUAGGAAAGGAGGAGCAAGGGCAAUCUGCAGACCUUCUUUUGAACUUAAGGUAUAGGCAUAACUAACAGUUUGUAAUUAAUCUCACUCAGUUAAACAACUUUCAAAGGUCUGCUUUUUGCAAGCUUGUUACCAUCAGUUCCCCUAAUACUCUACAUAGGGAAAAAGCCUCUCCAGUAGCUGAAUAAAGCACUCUGACAUACUAAAGCCCAGUUUUCACAUGAGGUAAAUGUUUAAGGUGAGGUAUCUGUUUCUCUCCAUGGACUAUAAAGGUAAUUGAAGGUGACUAAUAAAAGGUGUGUGUCCUUUUGAGAUGUUAAGUUAGAGCAGUCAAAACCCAAUCCUAAAUACGUAUGACACUGAUCUUAGAUGGUAUGGUUCCCAUUGCCAAGUUCAGGCAUGUUAGCACUCUAUAUUAUAGUCUUUGGCUAAAACAGAGGCAGUUUCAACAGAAAGCUUGGGGAAUCUUCAGGCCAGCCUAACUUACACAGUUUGAUUAGGGCUCUCUCCUGAAAGGCAAAAAAAAAAUGCCAAUUUGAAUCUCCUCCAUUUGGCAGGAUCAGGCUUCUCACAUGUUAGAUGAAUGGUCAAAUUAUUUGAUGUUAUUCUGAAUAUGGAUACUGCCACUAUCCAGUUGCUGGUUCCUUUGCAAAAAAGCCACCUGUAUGCAGCAUGCAUGCUUGAAGGCUGUCUUCUGGAUCAGGCUCCUCUCAGGACUUAAACACAUCUCUAACUAGUUUAAGAACCAGGUGCAUCUUGCAUGAGCUAGACAUCAAAAGCUACUGAGAUCAUGACACGCAAAACAGAUUUUUAGGUUCCUGCAGAGCUUUGCAGUCAAGCAGAGAAAUAUUCAAUCUGGGCAGCAUCUGAGCCAGAGCUCUCUGAAAUAGUUUUUUCAAAGGGGAAUUGCAAAACCAGUAUACUUUGAAUAGUUUAGUAGAAAGAGGUUAAAUGACUCAUUGAAGUCUGAUGAAUCAGUGAAAUUCUGAAAGAAGUUCACAUCUGCAACAGCCUGUUUACAAUAGAAGUCACAUUGCUAAAAUUUGAUGAGCAAAAGAAGUAGGAGUUGGAUACUUGGAAGUAGGCAGCACUUGGCUUUGGUUAUUUAUCACCUGAAAUAAUAUAUUUGAAUGUACAGCAGUAAUUGGUAUAUCUGCUUUUUGCUUUUUCUGUUAGUUUACACUGCCUUUGUUAAAUGAAUAGUUAGCAUCUACGAAGUCAAAGAUCAGCUAAUAUUUAAACAUACAGGAUAACAAACAGGUUGCAGUUAAAUAAAAAAAUAAAUACUACCUCUAAUCCCAUAAUAAUUGUUAUCUCCUCCUCAGGAAUGUAAGCUGUAGAUUUGCUAAAUCCAUUUGCUUUGUUAAUUAGAAUUCGAUAGUGAGGAGUAUCUUUCAGAUCCUUUAGAAUACAAGAAAAAUAAAUAACCUCAAUAGGAGAUCAUGACUAAAAAUUACAUUAUAUAAGAAGUUAACUUUCAGUAGAUUUACAAAUGCUAAAAACCCCUCAAUACAUAGAUAAGAUCAACACCAGUUUGGAAAAUUAAAUAAAAACAAUCAGACUUAUAAUCUGUGAAGAUCUACUUGGCAUAUCUGAAACACUCUUUAAAGAACUAAUAUUCUAAAUAAUCUUUUCUCCAGUAAAUCUUACAAGAUAUAUGACUUAGAAUAUCCCUGUUUUCUAUAAGCGGUCCCAUAACAAUUUAUUAGUCAUCCUUCUUCCUUCACCUUCAUAAGUUUUUACAGAAAAGCACUGAGAAACAGGCAAAUCUAGAGCAUAAGAAAGCCUCUGACAAUCUUGGUUCCAACGUGGGCAUAACUUAGGGAACUCCAGCCACAAAGAAGAAAUGUGGCUUACUAUUAUUUUUAUAUUCUUAUAGUGCCUAAAACACCCCAGUCAUAGAUCAGGGUCCCAGCAUAAUGACUACUCAAAAACAUUCCUGCUCCUAACGCACAAACAAGGGAUGGGUGAAUACAGACGAAUAAAUAGAGUGCCAGUGAAGCAGUUAGGCAGUACUGGUCAAUGUGACAGGCAGUGGCCUCUGAGUAGCAAGGUAUUAAUGAGCUAGAAGUCAAAGAAAGGUGGUGAUGCUGCAAGAAGGUGGAGCUGAAGGCAUGGAUAAUGUUUGGAAGGGAUUUGCAAGGAUCAAGCUCAGCAGUUGACUCUUACAGUCAAAAGCAAUUUUGUGUAGCUGAUGCAUGUAAUACGAUGAUGCAAAAGCUAGUUUAAAAAAGGGGAGGAACCACAUGAGUCAUCACAGUUGAAAUUAAAAUCAUAAAGAUGAACACAAAGUCACUGGGAGAACAUAACAAGAUAGAUAGGUAGAAAGAAUCAGUAUGCCUGAUUGGGAAUAUCUGGGUGUUCAGUAGGUAACAGUAAUAUAAAGAGAAAAGAAAAAAAAAGAAAAAAAAAGCACCAAUGCAGAUGUUUUAGAAGUCAAGGAUGAAAGGCAAGUGGAUAAAGUUACAACAGGGAAGGGACAGAAGACAAUAUAGGACUGAAUAUCGGCUCUUAGUUGAACACCAAUUCUCUUCUACAAGCAGCUUCUUACUUUUUCUCAUUGUCAGUCCUCUUUGGCCUCCUCGCCAUUUUUGCAACAUGUAAGCAGCGAACUCAUAGUGUAGGCAGCACUGUAUUAUCAGAGCAGCAUUGUCAACAUUGAUUUAGGAUCUUAUUUAAAGUAAACCAAGGACUUAGACAAUUUUAAAAGCAUCAAAAAUUCUAACAAAAACAUGUUGUUAAAUAAAUCUACAUUUCAAGUGUCCAGAUCCCCCAAAACAUAGCUUUUAAAUUGAAAUUGAUUAAACACAAGAACUUACUUGCAUUUCUUAGAUGCAAUGAAGAUACUGCUACUUACAUUUACACAUCAGAUAAAGGAUUUAAAUGCUUCAACUUUAAUAACAUACCACAAAAAAAUAGUUCAAAUAUUAUAGGUUGACACUGCUGCUUUAAAUGCAAUGCUGCAUAUUAAAAGUGAGUAAUUUUAAUUCAAGGGACUGCCAGUACAUACCUGACCAGUGAAGUUUAACCAAUGAGUGCUGCAACAAGGCUGUGCUGUGAUAACAGAGCAGAAUAAGCAAAAGUAUCCCUCAGCUACACAAGUGAUACGGAACUCAAACUAUUUUCCAUUAGGUUAGCAGAAAGUCUGUCUGUAAUGACAUUUCCAAGAUUUUUUUUUUUAACCUGAGUUAUUCUGUGUAUAUAUUAAUAAAGCAAGAAUUUAAUGCAUUCAGACCUGUUUUGCUGGAGGAUAUCUGUGUCGUAGCCAUUCUUCUGGAGCUUUAGCUUUUACAUCCCAUCCAACAAUGACUCCUGAAUAGCCAAGUCUUUUGUGAACUAUUACCUGUCCCACACUGAACUGAAUAUAUUCAGGCUUUGGACUGCGAACGUAAGUUGAUUCUAAUUUAAGACAGACAGACAGACUUAGCAAGGAAAAGUGUUUGAUCUAGUAUAUUGAACAGAUGUUCAUCUGACUUCCAGCACAACAAAACUGGUAGUUAUAUUACUUGAUGAAGUAAGCAAGAAAAGAGAUAACCCCCCCCCACACACACACA